CUCUCCUCCGUUGCUGGGAGCCUGGCUCCUCUCCUCCUCCUCCCCCCCUCCCUCCAAGGCGGACGCCUGUCUCUCCCCACGCAUGCUCCCUGCCUGCCACACAGCACCUGCGAGAACCGCGCGGGGAAGGAGCAGGCGCCUCUUUCGCACUCGGAGCCCAGCCGCCGCCGUCGCCGCCGCUCAUGACUCGGGCAGGUAAAGAGUCCUCCAAGAGAGGUGCAUGGAGUAGUAUGGCAGAAGUCCCAUCUAGACAUGGGCAGUGCUAAGGAACCAGAUACAUUGCAGUUCUUGAAGCAAGAGGCUGUUUCAGAAGAUGCUCAUCAGCCCAGCUCACACUGUAGUCCAGAGAAAGACAGGUGCCUCCAGAACCUCCAAUGUGACGGAGGGCAUCUUGCCAUGAGGAACUGCUGUAUACAUGAUCUCUCCACCAAAGAGAGCAGCCAAGACAACACCAUGGUGGACAACCCAUAUCAAAAGGAUAAGUCUCCAGCUGCAAACCUGAAGCCUUCUGAUGAUCAACACGCCACCACAGAUACCAUAGUUCUUAAAGACAUAAGUCCUGGUGGAACCCCAUUGGGAGUGGAAGGAGAACAAUCAGCCAGCCAUGAGUUGUGCCACAACAACCAGCAGGGAUUGAGCCUGACAGAACCUCCUGGUAACCCAGCCAAUACAUGCAGCCCUUUGGAAACAAAUGUAAGUCCUGUGACUGGGGAGGCGUGCAGGCAUCCCCUGCCAGAAUCCAGCCUCAAGGAAGACCAUAAGGACUCAGCCAGCACUCCAUCCUCCUCGAAGCAUGUUGGAUUUGUUGAAUCAAGCAAGGACAAAGAUGAGACAGAUAGCAUCACAGCAGGAACAGGACAUUCUAAGGAAAGUCCAGCACUUCCUGCAUGUCUGAAAAACACAUGCCAAGGACAGCUUCAUGACUCCUUGGGAAAUUUACCUAACUCCAGCCAUGACAUCUGUGGAACAGCAGGACCUUUCAGCGAAGGACACAGAGAUCCUUUGGUAUUGGGAACUACCAAGGAAUCUGUUACAGAACCCUUUGAAACUGAAGGCACACCAGGAGAGUCAAACAAGCCAGUUACAGAAAGUCACCAGUUGGGUCAGAGUGGGGAAAUAAAAUCUGUGGCUCUGGAUAGUAAGACAGGUAGGGACUCCGGUAUAGCUUUGGGGGUCCCCAUUACUAUCAUUCCUUGUGAUGUCCAAACCCAGGACCUAACCCCAGGUGAGUUGCAAGCAACUCCAGAUAAAGCUACCAAGGAGCCAGAAGGGCUCAGAGAAGCAGCACCUGAUGAUGCCAAGGGUCAAAACCAAGCUCAGGAACAGCAGAGACCAGAAGCAGGCUGCACGGCUACACGUAAGGAACACACAACAGCUGUAGAGACAAGACAUGAAGAGCCUCUUGUCAAAUCCUGCUUAAUAGAGGUCACUCCUUCCCAGCAUGAUGCUGGGACCCAAGCUGACAACCGUGUGUCUUUGGUGUCAGUUGCCAUCAGCCCCAUCAACCCGCCUGAUGGAUCUGCAGCCUUCACUUUCCAUGGCAGAGGUUUGGGGGCCCCUUCUUUGAUGAGCCCCGGCCCAGAACAGAAACCUGCCAAGAAAGAUGUGGAGAUGCAGGUAUCCAUCCCAGUGGAGACUAGGUCAGUGGCCACUGGGCCCAUGACCCCUAUUACCAAAUCUCCCCAAGCCUCCUAUCCUGAGGUGCAUGUGAAAGGGGCACAGGAGGAGACACCUGAGCCUGUGAAGGAAGUCAGCUGGGAUGAGAAGGGGAUGACAUGGGAAGUGUAUGGUGCCUCCAUGGAGGUGGAGGUGUUGGGCAUGGCUAUCCAGAAGCACCUGGAGAAGCAGAUUGAAGAGCAUGGCCGGCAGGUAGUGAUGACUCCUCAGAGCACCCGCUCCAGCUCCAUCAAAGGGGUCCCACAGAAGGCAGAGAUCAAGAGGCAGCCCAGUGUGUUCAGGUCACUCCUACAGAAUGUGCGGCGACCCCGCUGCUGCUCCCGAGGGGGCCCAGCUGUAGAAUGAAGCAGGUCCUUUGCAACUUCUUGGGUUUUAUAGCAGCUGUAGGGAGGGGAACACAAAUGUGAAGUAGUUUCUCAGGCAAUAUGUGGGACCAUCUCCAUCUGUAUUUCUCAGUCUCUCGUAUCUCAAAACUGUAAGUUUUCUGCCACAUCUGUUAACUACAUUUUAGAAGAUGAGUUAACAUCUCCUGAAGA